ACUGCUGAAGCUGGUAUUUCCUAUGGACUUGAACGCAGCACAGCGACACGUCAUCCGGUGAACGCCGUUGAGCAAAAGUCACGUGACUCCUGUCAGCACGUGACACAGUGUGACCAGCACAUCAACAUGUCUGCAGCAGCACAAGCCGUGUACUGGCUGGGAAACGAGACCCUCAGGGUGUCGGCUGCUCUGUUCGCUGAGAACCGUCGGCGUCUGUGCAGCGGACUGAAGGCCAAAGAUGGAGUCGUUCCUAAAUCCGUGGUGCUGCUGCAGGGGGGGGAGCAGAAACAGAGGUUCUGCACCGACACCGACCUGCUCUUCAGACAGGAGUCUUUCUUCCACUGGGCUUUUGGAGUAACCGAGCCUGACUGUUAUGGAGCCAUUGAUGUGGACUCUGGGAAAUCCAUCCUUUUUGUUCCCAAACUGCCUGAGAGCUACGCCACUUGGAUGGGAGAGAUCUUUCCCAAAGAGCACUUCAAGGAGAAGUAUGCUAUAGAUGAGGUGCAAUACGCCUGUGAUAUUGUUGAUGUGCUGACCAACCUGAGUCCUGCGGUGCUCCUGACGCUGCGAGGUCAGAACACCGACAGUGGGAGCAUCUGCCGUGAAGCCUCCUUUGAAGGAAUCAGUCGCUUCCAAGUGAACAACGCCCUGUUGCACCCAGUCAUUGUGGAAUGCCGUCUGACUAAGACUGAUAUGGAGCUGGAGGUGCUGCGCUAUACCAACAGGAUCUCCAGCGAAGCCCAUAAAAUGAUCAUGAAGCAUGUGAAACCUGGACUGAAGGAAUAUGAGAUGGAGAGCUUGUUCCAGCACUACUGCUACACCAAGGGGGGGAUGCGUCACACCUCGUACACCUGCAUCUGUGGAACGGGCAAUAACUCCUCCAUCCUCCACUACGGUCACGCUGGUGCUCCCAAUGAAAAGACCAUUGUGGAUGGAGACAUGUGCCUGUUCGAUAUGGGAGGAGAGUACUACUGCUACUCCUCAGACAUCACCUGCUCCUUCCCCGCUAACGGCCGGUUCACCGCGGACCAGAGGGCCAUCUACGAGGCCGUGCUCAAAUCCUCCAGAGCCGUCAUGGCCGCCAUCAAACCAGGAGUGAAGUGGACCGACAUGCACCGUAUGGCCGACCGGGUUCACCUGGAGGAGCUGGUGAGGCUGGGCCUGCUGAGCGGCAGCGUGGAGGACAUGAUGAAGGUUCACCUGGGAUCCGUCUUCAUGCCCCACGGCCUCGGACACCUGCUGGGCAUCGACGUGCACGAUGUGGGGGGGUACCCUGAGGGGACUGAGCGUGUGGACGAGCCCGGGCUAAAGAGUCUGCGGAUGGGCCGCCUGGUGCAGGAGAGGAUGGUCCUCACGGUGGAGCCGGGCAUCUACUUCAUCAACCACCUGCUGGACCAGGCGCUGGGCAACCCGGCCCAGAGCUGCUUCAUCAACAACACCAUGCUGGCUCGCUUCCGCGGCUUCGGAGGGGUGCGUAUCGAGGACGACAUCGCGGUGACAGCCAACGGCGUCGAGCUGCUGACCUGCGUCCCCCGCACCGUGGAGGAGAUCGAGGCGUACAUGGCCGACUCCACAAAGACCUUCAGCCCCGUCGUCAGCAGCCAGAAAGUGUAAAGAGAAGUCAUGAUUUCCUGCAGAAAAACCAGCAUCUUCUUGAGUUAAAAUGAAGUAAUUACUCUCUCAUUUCUCACGUAUUCAACAAUCAGUAUUUUGUACGAAGCAUUAUAAGCAUGUUGUGAUAAUGAAAUAUAAACAGUAUUUUUUUUAUAAGCUUUCCUAAAUCGCUAAAGGGACGACUCCACCUGAUACAUUGAAGUGCUCAGUUCAGUUCUUCAUUUUUAUUCUUGUAUGUUUCUCUUUGUAAGCGCUCACAAAAUGCUGUGGAAUCAAUUUGAAUAAACAUUUGAUUUGCAGAA